GGAAAUGGUGGAAUACUAAUUUCUAUGAAAUACUUUAAAUACCUGAUUAAUUUUUCGAUCUGGCAACAUAGCUGCCAUUUUAACGUAUUUUGUAGAGUAUGGCCAUAUAUGCGCAAGUCUUUACUCAAAACACGUCGUUCAGAAACUUUCUCUGACAAAUGUCAUUUAAACAAGUAAACAAAUUUAUAGGUUAAAUUAUAUUUGUACACAAUGAUAUGAUAACAUUAUUUUAUAUCUUGAAUUGUUGCUAUCGUAAAUGUAUAAUAUAACAAAAGUAAGAGAAAUUGCCGGUCGCUGUAGUCUGUAUUUUUCAUUGGUUUCUGGUCUGGUCUAUUAUUAUGGUUUCUCUUUCAGUUCGGUCUGCCUACUUUAUAGCCAGUAAACAUUAUAUAUACCAUGGAUCCUAUAGAUGAAAUUAUAAAGUUCUCUUGGGAACUUAUGAAUAUGAGUGAAGGAGAGUCUUCCUGUGAAAAUGGCGAGUUGGUAGCCCAUGAACUAGCAAAUGACCGUAGACAGAAACCUGUGAGAAUUGAAAAUUAUUUGUUCCAUACUGUACCCAAUCUCACAGCAGAACAAUUCAGGAUGCAUUUCAGAAUGAAUAUAGGUACAUUUGAAAAAGUAUUAGCAGCUGUUGGUCAAACUUGAUGAACAUUCACUCAGAUGGCAGACCUACUGUUGAGCCAAAAAAACAAUUAUUGAGUGUUAUUUGGCUUCUAGCUACACCUGAUUGGUUUAGGUCUGUUGGAGAGAGAUUCGAUAUGGCAAAAUCCACUCUUUUCAAUUCUUUCAUCAGAGUUAUCUAUGUGCUGAAUAAUAUAGCGCCAAUGAUAAUUAAAUGGCCAUCGGGAGAAUGCUGAAGUGAAGGAGAGUUUUUCACUAACUGGCCUUGAUUCAUGCCUAGGUAUGAUAGAUGGCAGUUAUAUACUAAUAAAAGGACCCAGAAUUUUAUGUUUGUCGUAAAAAAUUUCACGCAAUCACUCUACAAGCAAUCUGUGAUCACAAGCUUAAGUUCAUCGAUUGUUAUGCUGAACAUCCAGCUUCUAUGAAUGACUGCCGGAUAUUUAAGAAGUCAGAUAGAUAGAAAUAUUUGAUAUUAUAUUUCUAUAAAUAUCUUCUUAAAGAAGCUUUGAUUUUAUGCAGACGUUUGAAGUUGGAACACUAAAAAGCCGAUCAAAUCUCUUGUGGAGUAACGAUAACAUUUGUAGAAAGAGAUCUGAUUGGAAGGUACCUGGAUUUUAUGAAUUUUAUGAAGCAUUCAAAAAUAUUUUUUGUUUUUCAACAAAUAGGUCAGACAUUAAAGACAUACCCAAGGGCAUCGACGAUGAAGUGGACAAGGAUGGAAACACCAUGCUCCAUCUAGCGGUACUAAGGAACGACGAAUCGAUGGUCUCAUGUAUGCUAAUCAAGAAGGCCGACCCUAACAAAUGGAACUACUUAGGAAACACUCCUGUGCACCUAGCAGUUUCACAUGGAAGGAUAGAAAUCCUCCGUAAACUAGUAGCGUUCGGAGGGAACUUAAACAUGAACGGUAACAAAGCAUUGCUGCCUGUGGAGAUGAUACCGCUAUCCGCCGACAAAACCAGCAUGCAAGCAAUCCUAGCUUUUGGACUGAACAUGAAAAGUAAAAACUAUAAAGGUGACACAUUCCUAUUACACUAUCUCAAGAAAUACCCUGAUAGGAUCAACGACAUCAGAAGACUCCUCGACAAUGGCUGCGAUCCCAAAGCUACAGAUCGCGCUGGUAGAAAUGGUCUUUUCAUCGUGACUGCCCUUCGCUCGAAUCGGCAAAAGGUGGAACUUGCCAGAAUGCUGCUUGACUAUGGGGAAAGAGCGGACGCACCAAUGCUGCACAGGAUAGUCAUGGAGUUAACACCUGAGGAUAUCGGACAAGAAAGCGAGGAUAUCUUGGGCGUCUUCUACCACAACAAGAAUCGUAUGGCCCGAAGGAGUCCAUACGAUACCCUUAGCUGUUCCAACAUGGUCAGUCAGUCAGAUAUUUAUAGAAAUAUAAUAUCAAACCCUAUUCAAUACUUUCCAGUUGAAUUAUGAUCAUGUUUCAAAAGGAUUAUUUUGGAGUUCUGCCAAAGAAUUGAAGAUUCCAAUUCUAAAUCAAUCCUUCGAUUUCCUGGAUUUUUGUGAGUAAUCACAAAAAUAAUUAUUUUAUUGUCAAUCUUCAAAUGAAAUGUUUCCUUCUUUGAUAGUUAAGUGGUACAAUACGAUAUAUAUAAUUUGAUUCAAUUAUUUCAUUAAAUUCUGUUCACAAAUAUCAAUUUGUAUAAUUAUGUGCAAUAAAAAGAAUGUCAAAAUUUGUUGAGUAUUAUUACUUAAGUAAAAAUUAAGUUGGAUGCAAAAUCUCACUGAAAUAUUGAAAAAACUGUAAUUGGUAUUACAGUUUUUUCACAAUUUUCGGUGCAGGUUUUCAUUCAAAUUGUGAGUCGUUUCGAAUUAUGAAAUAAUAAGGAGCCAAAUACGCAGAAUCAACAUCAUUAAUUCCAUUCCCUGCCCAUUAGGUCGCCACAAUCACGCUUAUUUAUUUUACCGUUGAGUCGUCACUCUUUCUCUCCUUUCUCUAUGGGUUUAGUUGUUAGGAAUGGUGCAUAAGGUGCUUGAAGAGUUGAAAUGGAAAUGUUAAUGUACAUAAUAAAACCCAGAUUCAAAACAUUCCUUGAUUCAUAACUAAUCAACAUCACAACAUAUUUCAUCAGAUUAAAGCAUUCUCAAUAGAAUGUAUUAGCCUGUGAAAGCAAUAUGCCUGAGCCUAGGGUCUCAGUGAGUAACUUAUGGAAACCAUAUUUGAAGAAAUCCAUAUCUUUCAAACCGGCUCGACAUCUAUUGCAUCAAUCAGUAAAACGAAAAAAUCCGCUAGGCUCAAAAAAACCCGCAAGUCGGAUAAAAAUCCACCGAUUAGCAACACUGGUAUCCUAAUAGCACUUACUAUUUCGUCAGUCUAUUUCCCAAAAUAUUUGGGCUACUUCUUCUGAAGACAACAUAUAUAAAAUUUUAAAAAUAUCAUAAAUUUUCUCUUGUGUUUUUAUUUAUUACAAAUUUUGAAUUCCCUAAAAUUCAGUUAAACUUGUAGCUACAUUAUAUCGAAUGUAAAUUUAAUUAUCUAUGAUAUUUUUUAUAUAAUAUCAAUCAUAAAAACUCAGGAAUAGAAAUUAAAAUAUAUUUUCUUUUAGAUAACACUCAAUGAAAUUCACCUUUUUCUGGAAGAAAUUUCAGAUAUCAUGAAAAUCCGUACCAUACAGUUCCUAAAUGUGAAUCGUUUAGCUAUUUCAAUACAAUUCUGAUCCGAAUAUCUCAAUAUUUUUCUUUAAAAAAAAUUAAAUGUGAGUUAUUCCCAUAGCCAUAUUAAGAUAUUUCAAUACUAUUUUCAUCUGAAUAACUCAAUAUUUCUCAUUAGAAACGCCUUAUUCCCAUAGCCAUUUCAACAAUCAAGUCAUGCAAAAAACUCAGUAUUUCUCAAAAAAAAAAAUAAAAACGCGUUUUUCUCAUAGUAUAUUCGCAUGUGUUGCCAUUAAUUCAAUGACUCCAUCCUUCCCAACACCUCUCAUUCUUUGAUAGUCUCCAAAGCGAUGAAAGUAGAAGCCACGUGAGGGCCAUUCCAUGUUGUUAUAUAUAGGUCUAUGGAAGAAUCUGAUCGCAGGUUAAUAUUCAUCUUGGGAAAUUCUUCAUUCCAUUGAAACUAUGUAAGAAAUGAGGUAUA